AUGUUGUCAAGAACCAUAUUGAGAUACAGUGGAGUGCGUGCUUUUUCAUGCACAACUGCUGUCAGACAAUCCUUACCAACCAACGUUAAUGUUGUUGAUGAGAAAACCGUUGCUAAUGAACUUACAUCUGGUGCUCACAAUGGUUUAAGUACCACCAGAACAUGUCGUAUUUUCCAAGAAGCCAAGCCAGCUACUCAAAGUGGUCAACAUAAUGGAAGUGUGUGGAAAAUAGAUUGGGAUGUGUUGGGUAGUGGUAACAGAUGGGAGAACGAUUUGAUGGGGUACCAAAGUACUUCAGAUUACAUGCAAGCCACACAGAUCAAGUUUGAUACUAAAGAAGCAGCUAUUAGAUUUGCUGAAGGCCAAGGUUAUGGCUACUAUGUACAAGAACCCAAGAAGAGACAUUUCAGACAAAAGGACUAUUCCAUUAACUUCCUUCACUCCAAGGGACCAUUGAAGCAUAUCAGAACCAAGUAG